CAUAGCGACCAUUUUACGUUUACUGGUUUGUAGUGUCUAACCAGGGGGCCUGGCGACUGCCCGGGCCGCGCUGCCCGCAUUCCCCGUCGGCUUCCUGCGGCCGAAAGGCCCGAGCGGGCCGGGGAGUCUGGCCUAGGCAUCCGCGUCGCCCGGUACGGGCGGGAUGGCUGCGGAAGAAGAGGACGAGGUGGAAUGGGUGGUGGAGAGCAUCGCUGGGUUCCUGCGGGGCCCGGAUUGGUCCAUCCCCAUCUUGGACUUUGUGGAGCAGAAAUGCGAAGUUUUUGAUGAUGAAGAAGAAAGCAAAUUGACCUAUACAGAAAUUCAUCAGGAGUACAAAGAGCUAGUUGAAAAGCUGUUAGAAAGUUACCUUAAAGAAAUUGGAAUUAAUGAAGAUCAGUUUCAAGAAGCAUGCACCUCCCCUCUGGCAAAGACACGCACAUCACAGGCCAUUUUGCAGCCCGUGUUGGCAGCAGAGGAUUUUACUAUCUUUAAAGCAAUGAUGGUCCAGAAGAACAUUGAGAUGCAGCUUCAAGCCAUCCGAAUAAUCCAGGAGAGGAAUGGUGUGUUACCCGACUGCUUAACUGAUGGCUCCGAUGUAGUCAGUGAUCUUGAACAGGAAGAGAUGAAAAUCCUGAGGGAGGUCCUCAGAAAAUCAAAAGAAGAAUAUGACCAGGAGGAAGAAAGGAAACGAAAAAAGCAGUCAUCAGAGGCUAAAAUGGAAGAACCACCAGUGUAUACUACUGAAGCUGCAAAACUGAGUAAUUCCCAAGGAGAUGGUGAACAUUUUGUACAGCCACCCUCAGAAGUUAAAGUGCAUUUUGCUAAUCAGUCAGUACAACCCUUGGCAAGAAAGAUGGAGCUGUUGCCUGAAACUUCCUCCCUCCCACAAAAAGGUCUGAAGAUUCCUGGUUUAGAACAUUCGAGCAUGGAAGGACCAAUAGCAAAUUUGUCAGCACUCGGAACAGAAGAGUUACGGCAACGAGAACAUUAUCUCAAGCAGAAGAGAGAUAAGCUGAUGUCCAUGAGAAAGGACAUGAGAGCAAAACAGAUCCAGAAUACUGACCAAAAAGGAAAGCCUACCAGGGAGGUGGAGGAAAUGACAGAGAAGCCAGAAAUGACAGCAGAGGAGAAACAAACAUUACUAAAGAGGCGAUUGCUCGCAGAGAAACUUAAAGAAGAAGUUAUUAAUAAGUAAUAUGAAGAGUUAGCGAAACAGAAGUCCAAGUUUUCUUAAAAAUAAAUUAUUUAAUCCUUAAA